UGACCAAGCAGAUAGUCGUCCUCCAACAACGCUUGGGACCGUUGGCUGCCCGUGUUGGCUGAGGACGAUUCCUUCUUACUGAAUUGUCUAGCACUUACGUGAUCAUAAACAUUUCACUAUGGUGAACUGAUGAUUACCAGCAAAGAUGGGAAGAGAAAAGGAAAAUGCCCCUCGCGCGACCAGCGGGGGGCACGCCAAGGAACGGCACAAACGAGAUCGCGACCGCAAGGGCAACUUGAUAGACUGGACAGCACCCUUGCCCCCAGGUUUGGUUGCGAGGCCUGAUAGACCGAAGAUCAGUUCCAAGCACAAGUCUUGGUUCGAGUUCAUCGAAAACAAGGACAAGAAGAAGAAGCUCGAGUUCGAGUUUACCGAGAAUAGAGACCCGCCGCCGGGGUUUGAGUUUGUUCCUAUUGGGAACCCCGCUCUGACAACAGCAUGCAAAGAGCUCUCUCGUGAGCAGGGCGCCAUGAUCUUCAUCGUCACGUCAUCUCAUGGUUACUAUUCCAAGGGACUCAGCCUUCAUCUGAACCGUGCUGGCCACCACAUCAGACAGUCGAUAGUGGAGCAAGCACGUAAAUCCCUCGGGGAUGAUCAACUAGCCGCUGUUGCCGCGGUGCCUGGCCAGCCCGAGCCCAUCCCUGAGAGGCAAGAGGACAUUAACAGGCAGGCUGACGCUGCUAUAAGGGACCUGUUUCCUCGCAUACCGAACACCGACCGUCAGAUGAUCAUUGAGCAUGCAUUUAACAAGACAAGGCUUAGCAAGGGUGAAAUACCGGUUGGGCUAGCCUCCCAACUGACUCUCUCACGUCGUGUACAGCUAGCCGUCCUUGCUCAUAUCCGCCACAACCAUACGAGGUAUGACCAGUUGCUCAAAGAGACAACGUAUGUCAACGCUCGUAAGGCUGUUGAAUCUCUGUGUCUCGAUAUCCUUGUCAAGUGGCGAGGAGAUGAGGAGACAGGCCGGGAUCAGCUGGACGAGAUCCUCUGUGAAGUUAUUGUCAUCUCAGACUCCGAGAGUGAUGAUUCUGGCUCGGACGACGACGACGAGGAGUCGUCCGACACCUCGUCAUCGGCAGAAGAGAUUCCCGAGAGGGGCAUGGUGAGCGAUGGCCUAGCAGGCAGAGCAACGCUGCCUCCUGCCGAGCCCUCCGCCCCAUUGAGCAUUCCCACGUUCCGUGGCGAGGGGCCGUCCAGGGCUACGCUCGCGCCGCAAGGGGUUAAAAAGGCGUCGCACAGAGAUCGGAAAGCAGCCAAGUGGGCGCAACGCGGCUUUGGCAGAUACCAAGCGGCCCGAGACCAAGCUUGGCACCAGGCUGUAGAGCGACAGCGACUUGGGAACGAUCAGUCGGUGCAAUCCGGACGGUUCACGCCUGUGGAUGGGUCUACGACCAAUAGACCACAACAAUGGCAUUCUGGGGAACCAGGCGCACUGAAUUCUGGACUGGCGACGGUUCGCAGUGGAAUUGAGCCUCCGCCCUGUGUCCAACGCGGGCCAUAUCGCGCUUCUUUGCCCCCUGUGGAAUCGCGGUAUGUCUCGGGAAGCGCUCGCAGUUACGCCGAUGAUCUGCAGUCGACGGUUCCUCCUGCAGCAUAUCGCAUGCCCCAAGGUACACGCAUUCAGAGGGACUCACCGAGCAGAGGGUUCGAGCCUGUAGUCAGGCCCCGUCCUCCCUUGGAUAACGUUUCUGAGCUCGAACGGGUAAGCCACCAUGGCCAGGAUCUCAAGGAUCUCCUUGUGCCGUCAAUCGAACCCCGUUCUCCCGACUUGUCCCAUUUCCCACCCCGAUCCCCCUUCCCGAACCAUCAGCCCGGCCCUGGCUUUGCCCGCGUCGCCGAGGGGCCUGUGCGGGCGUCGGCUUCCGUGCUAACUGGCGAGGCCACAACUUCACGUGGGGUUCAGAACAUCUAUCACGAUGAAGGGUUUGUGAAGCUCCCUCCGCGGUCUGAUGCAAGCCGUAUGCCAGCCGCGCCCGAUCCUGGCUUGGAACCUUUCAUUCUGGUAAGGUCGCAGCCAAUGCACACUACCACUGCAGUUGAUACCCCGACUUCUGUUUAUGGUGGGUUGGGUGCCAGACAUUCGUCGGCAUAUUACGACAAUGGCCCGGGUGGUAAUGACGGGUCGAUCCCUAAGUCGGGCUCCCGCCCUAUCUGGGUUGGGGAUGACGGGUUCAUCCUUAGAUCGGAAGCUCGACCCAUACUCAUCCAGGACGAUCCCCCGCCAUUCAGGACCUCGCAGGCAGAGCCGGCGUAUCGUUCCUCGCGGGCUGUUCCUCGCUCCCCCACGGAGUGGAUCCCGGAGGGCCGUCCCGGUAGCCCUCGCUGGGUGGAAGACAACAGGAGGCAUGUCGACCCGAUAGUCGACCGGCGUAUUGAGACCCUUCGCAACGACUUCGUCGAAAUCGUUCGGGUCUCCAAUAAAUUUCCCAAGCGGUACGAGCCGGAUGCGGCUCAAACUAAUGCGACGCGUGGUGAAUUGCGAUCCGCGACUUUCUACCCGAGCGUAUCACACCAGGUAAACGAUGACGCUGUGCUACGCUACUCCCAGCAGUUCCCCACGCAAUCCCAGCAAUCUGAACAUCAUAUGGGGAGGGUCGAACAAUCCGCGGUCAGACAUGAAAUCAUUCCCUUCGCUCCACGACAUCCAGCAGCGUAUGGGAGCGCUGUUCACGAGCGGGUGGUUGGCAUUGAAUACGUCCACCCUCGUCCAAGCUUUGAGACCCAUACUUAUUGGGAACGUGACCGCCGGUACGAGGCGGGAGAUCCUAUGUACCGAUCUCGGUCCGCUUCGAUUAUCCCUGCGGCGUACUCGAACUCCACAUUCCCUCCACAGGCCGACCGCCGAGUCCCAAGAGCGGACGAAGUAAUUACACUUGAUUGAUCGGGGCAGCCUGACGACUAUUCACCCGAGUUGCUGUUCCACACUACAGCUCACUGUCACCGCCAUCGUCAUCGUCUGGCUGUAACGCCGUACACAUGUCGAGACUCAUUGCUUGUAUCCAGUCGCCACCAACUUGGCGGAGUGGAGACAAGAGGAGCAUCAUUCUGGUUUGGAGCAUACAGGCAUUCGGGGGUGAGCGCAACUGUUGGUUGAACAGCCUAUUGCUUUUCCAGCAUCGGAAUGGGCGUCAGUUAUAUACGGUUCAUCGCUGUAAAGGCUCUGGAUUCGUCCUUUGA